AUGUGGCGGAAUCUUGUUUCUCGGGUUUCCAUCAACCAAACAGCGAAAUGCCUGAAAAGAAGUACUGUUCUUUUCUUCUCCUUCUCCCCAGUUUCGGCUAUUCACUGCGUAGCAAAUCCGCAAUUUCAGAAAGCAAUGGUGAAGCAAACUGAGGUUUCGUUAAGCUUCGCAAAGCAUCUAUUCUUGAAAGAAGCGAACAAAAACGUUGUCGUUUCACCAUUGUGCAUCCAGGUGUUGCUCGGUGUCGUCGCUGCCGGAUCCAAGGGCGCCACCCUCCGUCAGCUUCUCUCCUUCCUCAAGGCCACCUCCGUCGGUGAUCUCACUUCCUUCGCCUCUCAGCUCUCCGAUGUUGUCUUCGCCGACGGUGGUUCCGGCGGUGGCGUUUGCUUGAGUUGUGCCAAUGGCCUCUGGUUCGAUCAAUCUCUAAUUCUGAAGCCUUCGUUUAAACAGAGUGUUGAAUCUCAUUAUAGGGCUAAUCUGUCUCAAGUGGACUUUCAAAACAAGUGCUUCAAAGGGGUAUGGUUGGAGAAGUUUGAUUCAUCAGAAACUAGAGACUAUGAAUUUCAUCUUUUAUGUGGGAACUCAGUGAAAGCCCCUUUCAUGACCAACACGAAGAAAGAGGAAUACCUUAUUAGGGUGUGUGAUGGUUUCAAAGUCCUUGGUCUCCCUUAUAAGCGUCAUUUCACAAUGUAUAUCUUUCUUCCAGACUCAAAUGAUGGAUUUCCUUCAUUGGUCGAGAAGGUUGGUUCUCAGUCUAACUUCUUGAAACAACACCUUCCUAAGACUAACGCAGGAGUAGGUGACUUGAGGAUCCCAAAAUUUAAGGUUUCUUACGAGCUGAUGGCUUCCAAUCUGUUGAAGGAACUAGGGCUAACAUUGCCAUUCUCUGGAGGAGGAGAAUUGACAGAAAUGGCAGAUUUCCUUGGUGGUAAUGAGAUGUUAUAUAUUUCAAACAUAUUUCAAAAGGCAUUCAUUGAAGUCGACGAAGAAGGUACAAAAGCCGCUGUAGCAACCUAUAACGAUGGCGUCAUGGCGGGUCCUCCACCUGAAAUAGACUUUGUAGCUGACCGUCCUUUUCUAUUUCUAAUCAGGGAAGAUAAAAGUGGAGCAGUGUUGUUUGUUGGGCAGGUUCUCAAUCCUCUUGCAAGCUAA